AAUGGAAUGAUUUAAUUGAAUUUAAUUAAAUAGAAAUAAGAGACUAUUCAUACACUGUUUUUAGUCAUAUUUCAAACAAAAAUCGGGGUUCGCUCUAUACAAGCUCUAUUUAACUUUAUUCGUACUUAAGAAAUGUAGCAAAUAAUCCAAGUCAUUGAUAACGCCUAAUUAAAGUCAUAACAAACGAGAGUGGUUUAAAUAUGAAGCGAAAUAGAAAGUAUAGAAAGCUAUGCCUUCCUUGGCUUCGCAAGGAAUCACAUCCAAUGAAGGAUACUGGAAUUAUUCAUACCUCUGCGCCGGAUUAUUAACAAUGUUUGUUUGUUUUGUGAAUACUAGGCUGUCUGCGCGGGGCUCCUAGCCAACCGGCAGGGGUUUAAGCAUUUGUUUGUUUACAAAAAUCGAUCAGAAGUGAACUUUAGAUUCGCCAGGUUUGUUUACUUUUUCUUCUAGAAAUAGUCCCCAUUCCGCUGUUCUUUUCCUGCAUCUACCAUAUUACAAAGGAAUAAGCAUUAGUUUUCCUAAAGUAUCUCAGCGAUUUUUCGCAUCUUGAUCCAUUAUUUUUAGAACUCGACGUUCAUCUCCAGUAUCAAUACUCUUAAGCAAGAAUUAUUCAAGAAUAAGGAUUUGCUGUAUCUCUUUAAUCCCUAAAGUUUUUUAUUUCUUUUCUUGUUCGAAUUUCGUUCGUAACAAACAAUCAAAAUGUUUCUAACAAAAUUGGUAUUGUUUGCAUUCAUCGCCUGUUCUUUGGCUAUUCAUGUCACCAGCCCUUCCGAAGGUACGCAUUGGGAAAUCAAGGAAGACCAUACAAUUUCGUGGAGUUACGUACCAACAGACAAAACCUUUGUCGGUGUAUACUUGACUAACUAUUUCAAGUUUCCAAGCUUGAACAAGUUAAUUGCUAAGGUAAACACCACCGAAGGCAGCGUCACCGUCAGCACCAACGACUGGCCUACUGGUGGAGGCUUCCGUAUCAAUUUGGGAAAUCCUGAGAGUGCUGAAGAAAUCUAUGCACAAUCUGACGAAUUUACCCUUUUGCCUCCAAGCGACAGCGCUUCCGCCAGUCUAUCAUUCGGUUUUAGUGCUUCCCUUAGUAUCUCUGCUUCCAUCAGCGAAUCUACCUCUACUGGUGCUACCACCUCUCAUAAAACGUCUCACUCUAAAGGUGGUCAUUCCACUUUGACUUCUUGGAGCCACGGUGCUUCUUCCUCCUUUCCUAUCUCUUCCAAGCCUAUCGCCAGUGCUAGUACUGUUUCCACCCCAUACCAAAAUUUAAGCAACUGUUCCAAGGAAGAAGGCAACUCCAGCAAUUCAACGUCAAGCACAACUGCUGCCCAAAGUACUGCAGCUGAAUCAGGCAGUUCCUCAUUGCGUGGUUUGCUUGGAACAAGCUUGGUCGGUAUUAUCGGAGGAGCAAUUUUCUUCAUGAUCAUUUAGACGCUUUUUCUGCUUAAUAUUCAGUUUUAAAGUUUGCAGAUCCAUUGUAGUGAGCUGAUGUUCAGAUUUUUUAAUUCUGUUUACCUCAAGCAUUUUUGGUUACAAUGCCCGCAUAUGAUUUGUUUACUUCUUUAAUUCUCACUCACGUCCGCUUUCAAUGAAAUCGAAAAAGAAUAUAUUGCUUAGCGUUACUUUUAUAUUCGCGACUUUGUUCUAAUAAUUCUUUUUAUGGAUGAAAUGCGUCUUAAUGGCUACGGAAGGAAAAACAUCGUGUACGCAAUAGAAACGAAUAGAAUAAAGAACAAAUGAAUACCCAACGACUUAUUCACAUA